CCUGACCGGGCGGGAGGUCCUGACUCCCUUCCCAGGACCGGGUGUGGCGGCGGCCCCAGCUCAGGGCGGUGCCCACCCAAAGCAGUGUGACCUGCUGAAGCUGUCCCGGCGGCAGAAGCAGCUGUGCCGGAGGGAGCCCGGCCUGGCCGAGACCCUGCAGGACGCCCUGCGCCUCGGCCUGCUGGAGUGCCAGUUCCAGUUCCGGGGCAGGGGGCAGUCUCUGAGCUUCCUCCCCCUGCCCCAUCCUGUGCCCGGCACAGGUUUCAAAGAGACGGCCUUCCUGUAUGCUGUGUCCUCGGCCGCCCUCACCCACGCGCUGGCCCGGGCCUGCAGCGCCGGGCGCAUGGAGCGCUGCACGUGCGACGACUCUCUGGGCCUGGAGAGCCAGCAGGCCUGGCAGUGGGGUGUGUGUGGCGACAACCUCAAGUACAGCACCAAGUUCCUGAGCAACUUCCUGGGGCCCAAACGAGGAGGCAAGGACUUGCGGGCACGGGCAGAUGCCCACAACUCGCACGUGGGCAUCAAGGCUGUGAAGAGCGGCCUGAGGACCACAUGCAAAUGCCACGGUGUGUCGGGCUCCUGCGCCGUGCGCACCUGCUGGAAGCAACUGGCCUCCUUCCGUGACACGGGCCAGGGACUGAAGCUGCGCUAUGACUCAGCCGUCAAGGUGUCCAGUGGUUCCAACGAGGCCCUGGGCCGCCUGGAGCUGUGGGCCCCCGCCAGGCCGGGCAGCCCUGCCAAGGGCCUGGGGCCUGGGCCCGGGGACCUGGUCUACAUGGAGGACUCUCCCAGCUUCUGCCGGCCCAGCAAGUACUCACCGGGAACGGCGGGCAGGGUGUGCUCCCGUGAGGCCAGCUGCGGCAGCCUCUGCUGCGGGCGGGGCUACGACACCCAGAGCCGCCGGGUGGCCUCCUCCUGCCACUGCCAGGUGCAGUGGUGCUGCUACGUAGAGUGCCAGCAGUGCGUGCAGCAGGAGCUGGUGUACACCUGCAAGCACUAG